AUGGUAAUAGCAAAUAACAAAACACCAUGUUUUAUUUGUAAUGAAGAGAAAAUAACAUAUCCUUGUAAAGGAUGUUUAAAAGAAUUUUGUUUUAUGGAUUUAGCAAAACAUAAACAAAUAUUAAAUGAUGAAUUAAAUCAUAUUAUUAAUGAUUAUGGUGAAUUUAAACUAUCAAUGAAUGAACAAAAACAAAAUCCACAAAAUCGUUCACUAAUAAAACAAAUUGAUCAAUGGGAAAUGAAUCUAAUUGGCAAAAUUAAACAAAAAGCCAACGAUUGUAGAGAAAUUGUUCUUAAAUCGUCACACACAUUUAUUGAUGGUAUUGAAAUGAAAUUUAAUGAUUUAAGUGAACAAAUACAAGAACUUCAGAAAGAAAAUGACUUUAAUGAAAUUAAUUUGAAUUAUUUAUCAAAUCAACUAAGAAAAAUUAGAGAAGAAUUAAAUAAUCCACCAAAAACUUCUAUUCAACAAAACUCACAACCGUUUAUUACUGAUAUUUCUAUUAUUUCAUCAAUAAAACCAAAAUGGGACAAAUUGAAACAAAAUGCCAUCACUGUGGCUGGCGGAAAUGGACAAGAGCAGAAAUUGAAUCAACUCAAUCAGCCUGUUGCAAUUUUUAUUGAUGAAACGAAAAAUAUUUUCAUCGCUGAUUCUUACAAUCAUCGUAUUGUUGAGUGGAGAUGUGAUGCAAAGGAAGGGCAAACCACUGCCGGUGGAAAUGGUAAAGGAAAUCGAAUACAUCAAUUGAAUCUACCAACAGAUGUGAUUGUUGAUCAACUAAGUCAUUCUAUCAUCAUUGCUGAUCACGGGAACAGACGAGUGAUCGAAUGGUUGAAUCAAAAGCAACAACUAAUUCUCAUUCACAAUAUUGAUUGUUCUCGUCUGGCAAUAGAUAAAUAUGGAUUUCUUUAUGUUUCCGACUGCAAGAAGAAUGAAGUGAGACGAUGGAAAAUUGGAAAAUACAACAAUGAAGGAAUUAUAGUGGCCGGUGGAAAUGGUGAAGGUAGUGAACUCAAUCAACUCAAUCACCCAGGUUUUAUUUUUGUCGAUGGAGAACAAUCUGUUUAUGUAUCAGAUGCCUACAAUAAUCGUGUGAUAAAAUGGAGAAAAGGUGCGACAAAAGGAAUAGUUGUGGCUGGAGGAAAUGGUCAAGGAGAAAAUCUCGAUCAAUUGUUUCAUCCUCGAGGAGUGAUUAUUGAUGAUUUGGGUCAAAUCUAUGUGGCAGAUUUUGAGAAUCAUCGAAUAAUGCGUUGGUGUGAAGGAAAAGAGGAAGGUGAAAUUGUUGUUGGUGGAAAUGGUAAAGGAAAUCAAUUAAAUCAAUUCAAUGGUCCCGCUGGUUUAUCAUUUCAUGAUGAAGGAAUUCUUUAUGUUGCUGAUCGUUGGAAUCAUCGAAUUGCAAAAUUUGACAUAAUUUUGUGA